AUGGCUGCUAGCACACGAGACCUGUUAGCCUUAGCCGAACGCAUGGGGCUAGAAGGUGCGGAGUUGAGGGCUUGGUCGAACGAGCAGGAAGCGCGGGCGCGAAAAGAGCGGGCAGCGGAGCGCGAAGCCAAGAAGCAGGAGCUUGUAUUGGAGGAGAAGAACCUACAAUUGCGGCUAAUAGUCGCAGAGGCGGAAGGCGCUUAUGUGGGCAAGAAACAGCCAGAAAUAAGUCUGUUUGACUUAGCCACCGUGGCCCAGCGAUUUGGUUUCCAUGGGGCAGACUUGCACAGAAUAGCCGCCUUCAAGUGCCACAUGUCCUUCAACCAGACGUGCAAAGUGGAAGGCCUUGUCCCAAAAAGUCUGCGCUUGAAGACACCGGUUGCAUCAGCGUGGGGCCACAAGAUAAUUCGACAAGCCGAGAGGAAAUUAUUGGCAGCAAGGGUUCAAGAAUGCCGACAGAAAAUCAAGGAUUUGGAAACAGCAACGUUCUUCGCAAGGCGCCAGCUAGAACACGCCAUUCUUCAAGACUUCCCGGAUGUACAGCUUCAUGCGAAUUUCGUGGCGACAUUAAGAGACCGCCAGUGCAGGAAGUCGCAAAAAAGUAAGCUUGACGCUCUUAGGCCGAAGGAACCCACGCAAACCAAGGAAGUCAUCCUCAACUUAUCCUCCUACAAGCCUACUGAAUCUGAAGCUACUCUUCUGCGCAAGGGCUUGAACUUCAACACUGGCGCCUCACCCAACCCAGCGAGAGUAAUCUGCGCCGUGGAACGCGCCGUCACUCAACUUCCUUCCGAAGUAAGAGAAGAAGCUCGCACCCGCGCCAUUGGUGUUCUGUCAAAGUGGCGGACGCGCAACCCUCAAGCACGAUUUUCACCUGCCGAGAAACAAGCCGUCGAGGGCCUCCGGAACAAUGACUCCAUUGCCAUCCUUCCUGCAGAUAAGGGAAAUGCCAUCGUGUUGCUCGACAGAAGUGACUACAAUGAGAAAAUGAAGGAUUUGCUAUCAGACGAGGAUACGUACGUCGCGAUCCAAAAAGACCCCACGGUCAACCUGCAAACAAGACUGCAGAAGCUCCUCUCCAAGGUUUUUAAAUUUGUUCCACCGCAGCAAAAGCAUCUCUACCAUCGCCUCUUGUGUACUAACGGGUCCGCACCUGCAAUAUACGGACUACCGAAAGUUCACAAGCCAGGCGUUCCACUACGGCCCAUUGUAGACUUUACAAGGUCACCGCUGCACCGGUUAUCAGGUUACCUACACCAAGUGCUGGGCCCGCUCACCGGCAAGACAGCGACGCACAUUUCAAAUUCUUAUGCCUUCGUGGAGAAAGUGCGCGACAUCUCCCUGGAUGAAGACGACAUUAUGGUGUCAUUUGACGUGAAGUCGCUCUUCACUUCAGUGCCUGUUGACCUGGCCGUUGCUACGUGCAGAGAUGCCCUACUGGCGGACGACACGCUCGCUGAGCGCACCCCUUUGGAAGUACUGGACAUUUGCGAGCUUUUAGACUUCUGUUUGAGCAACACCUACUUCACUUACAACAAACAUUUUUACAGGCAGAUCAACGGAACUGCCAUGGGUGCUUCCAUUUCCGUUACUACCGCCAACUUGGUCAUGGAAGUCAUUGAACAGAAGGCCCUCACUGACUUCGCUCCCGCGCCGAAGACUGGCGAGGGCUUCCCACAUAUGCAGUAA